AUGGCAGAGCGGCGCCACCAGGGUGAGCAGGGUCCUCGGGGUGGCCCCAGCGCCAGCUCCCGGCCUCCGGGCGCCCGGCCCCGCGGCCUGCGUCCCGCAGGUCUGCGGGAGCUGAAGGCCGAGCUGGAGCGGGAGGAGGGCUGGAGAGUGCGGGAGAGGGGGCUAGCUGAGAGCAGACCCGAUCUGCUCUUCCCCACACCCCUCCCUUCUCCCCUCUGCCCCCUACACCCCUCUACCAUGGGCCUCCUUUGUCCCUGCUGGCCCUGCUGCUGUCUGCUCCUCCUCUUCUCCCGGGGAGUCCAGGGGGCCCCCGGAGAUGCCAUCCCGGAGCAAGUCCAUCUGUCCUACCCAGAUGAGCCAGGUGCCAUGACAGUAACUUGGACCACAUGGGUCCCUGCCCCCUCUGAAGUGCAGUUUGGGCUGCAGCUAUCAGAGCCCCUGCCCUUCCAGACCCUGGGCACCUCCAGCCCCUUUGUUGAUGGGGGCAUUCUCCACCGGACGCUGUACAUGCACCGAGUCACUCUGCGGAGGCUGCUGCCUGGGGUCCAGUAUGUUUACCGUUGCGGCAGUGCCCAGGGCUGGAGCCGUCAUUUCCGCUUCAAGACCCUAAAGAACGGGACCCAAUGGAGCCCCCAUCUGGCUGUGUUUGGGGACCUGGGGGCUGACAACCCAAAGGCUCUCCCCCGGCUGCACAGGGACAUCCAGAAGGGCAUGUACGAUGCCGUUCUCCAUGUGGGAGACUUCGCCUACAACAUGGAUGAGGAUAAUGCCCGCAUCGGGGACAGGUUCAUGAGGCUCAUUGAGCCCGUGGCUGCCAGCCUGCCGUACAUGACAUGUCCUGGGAACCACGAAGAACGCUACAACUUCUCUAACUAUAAGGCUCGCUUCAGUAUGCCGGGGAACACUGAAGGCCUUUGGUACAGCUGGGAUCUGGGCCCGGCCCACAUCAUCUCUUUCUCCACCGAGGUCUAUUUCUUUCUCCAUUACGGCUACCACCUGGUAGAGAGACAGUUCCGCUGGCUGGAGAGUGACCUCCAGAAAGCCAACCAGAAUCGGGCAGUCCGGCCGUGGAUCAUAACCAUGGGUCACCGGCCCAUGUACUGUUCCAACGCUGAUCUGGAUGACUGCACGCGGCACGAAAGCAAGGUACGCAAAGGCCUCUUUGGCCGAUUAUAUGGGUUGGAGGAUCUCUUCUACAGAUACGGGGUUGACCUGCAGCUGUGGGCUCACGAACACUCGUAUGAACGGCUGUGGCCAAUUUACAACUACCAGGUGUUCAACGGCAGCAGCGUGACACCCUACACCAACCCUCGAGGUCCCGUCCAUAUCAUCACAGGAUCUGCUGGCUGUGAGGAGCUGCUGACACCUUUUACCAUCUUCCCACGGCCCUGGAGUGCUGUGCGCGUGAAGGAGUAUGGGUACACGCGGUUACACAUCCUCAAUGGGACCCACAUCCACAUCCAGCAAGUGUCUGAUGACCAGGAUGGCAAGAUUGUGGAUGACUUCUGGAUAGUGAGACCCCUGCUCAACCGGAUGCUGUACCUCUAG